AUGGGAAAGCGAGUACGCCAUUUCAUUGGAGUGGAGAGCUCUGAGCAGCUCGCAUUCAUAGAUGAGCUUCAGGCGCUUGGACUCAGUAACACGAUUAAGCUACCGGAGCUCGUUGUCGUCGGGGACCAGAACACCGGCAAGAGCUCUGUCCUUCAGGCUAUCACCGAAGUGUCCUUCCCAGUCAAGGACAAUAUGUGCACUCGCUUCCCUAUUCAGAUUUCAUUUAGACAGACAUCUGCGGCUAAGGAACUUCCUGUGAAGGCUACAGUGGUCCCGGGCCCAUUGUCUGAGGAAGAUGAUGAGCUUCUCGCUCGGGUACAGAAUUUCGCCAUCGAGAAGAAGGAACUGACCUCGGAGGUCAUGGAGGAGAUUAUAGAAAAAGCAACGGAAUGCAUCUUCGGUGACAGAAAGCCCACCGAACCAUUGACGCUGAGCGAUGCGACCCUCCGAAUUGAGCGCUCCGGCCCUGACGAAAUGCACUGGACAAUCGUGGACCUGCCCGGCUUAAUACGUGGAAAGAAGUCGAGUAAGGCUAGAGACGUAUCGAAUGACGCUGGUACUGGAUUAAAUGAAGAAUCGCAUGUCCGGAAUAACGCGGCAGUGGCGGAGGAGUUGGCUCGUACUUAUUUGAAUAACGAACGAAAUAUCAUUUUGGUUGUGGUCGACAACGUGGACGUGGAGCGACAUAAGACUUUUGAGUUGAUAGAAGAGAUACCGAGUCUGCAGACCCGAUGCAUCGGGGUUCUCACCAAAUGCGAUCGGAAGCAGGAAGGAUCAGACCAUUGGAUGAUCAAACUUCUCCAAAACGACCUGGCCACUGUUCCACACUUGGACCAUGGUUGGUUCGGGUUGCGCAACAGACUGCCUACUGAGCGGGAUUCGUCUGACGCAGAUCGAGACGACAUGGAACUCAAGGAAUUUGCUAAGCCAGCCUGGGAAGGUCUAUCGAAAGAUAGGCUUGGAAUCCGAUCGUUGAUGGGCUACAUCGACAAGGAACGACGGACUCAAAUCCAGAAAGAGAUCCCCCACAUUAUCACUGAAAUCACUCAGCACCUCCGUGAGUGUGAAGCAAAUCUGAAAAGAAUGGGAGAGUCGAGAACUACUGCGCGAGCUCAACGCUAUUAUGUCCUCCAGUUCUGCAAUGAGAUGCAGAAGAUGGCUGAAGGAACCUUAAGAGGGCAGCACCAAGACAUACCUUCCACAGAUGCAAAGGCUAUGCUUCGUUACAAAAUCCGACUUCGUCUGGACCAAUUUCGUGACGAUAUGUGCAAGAGCGACAAUAUUGCGAUCGCAAUUACAGAUUACAAAACAGACCUGGAGUGGCUCAGAUCUCAAAGCUCCGAUCCCAGGGUAUGGGAGGAGCAUGUGGUCAAUGGGCAAGGGCUCUACGCAGCAAUUGCUCAGGAAGCCAAGAUAUGCGAAGGAAGAAGCCUUCCUGGAAGCGUUCAUCCAGAUGUAGAAGAAACCCUUUUCCGGAAGCUCUCAGCGCACUGGGAAAGUAUCGCCCGUGAGUUCGUUGAGGAUAUCAAGAUCAUGGUCUCGGACUGUUACAACAUCCUAUUAAAGAUCGCAAUACCGAAUAGCAAAGUGCGUCUGGAAGUAAGUCGUAUUGUUGGGAAAACCCUUGAAGAAUGGAAUCGAGACGCAGACAUGGCACUUCGGGAAUUGGUUGAGGAUAACCAGGCCCGUCCUUUGAUUACUCGCAAUCCACAUCUACUGUCGUUUACGAGCAUGACAGAUGAGAUCUUGCUGGGGCAUUCAUCGAAGAAAGCAGCGAGUGGUAAGGCCAAUGGAGCUUCGAAAGAAGAAGAUGAAGAACCAUACUUUAUACCUACCUCCUUGAACCAAAUUCUGUCCGCCCGAGCGAGACUAGAUGGAUACUACAACAUUGCCCUAUGGCGUUUUAUCGACAAUGUCGCGAUGCAGGUUAUGGAGAGACAUGUUCUGGGACCGAAAUGUCCAAUGCGUGUUGUCUCCGCCGAUAGGUUUGCUCAGCUUGAUGAUACUGAGCUGAACACCGUUGCCGGCGAAGAUGAAGCCGAUACUCGUAUGCGCGCAAGACUAGAGAGGACGCAAUCUCGCUAUCAGAAAGCACUUGAGCGAUGGGAGAGAGUGAGGGUUCUCUAA